AUGCCGGUCCAACCUCCCAAGACUGAUAAGAAAAAGGACACUGGGAAGUCCAAAAAAGACAAGGACCCAGUCAACAAGUCUGGAGGCAAAGCCAAGAAGAAGAAGUGGUCUAAGGGAAAGGUGAGGGACAAGCUCAACAACCUGAUCCUCUUUGACAAAGCCACCUAUGACAAGCUGUACAAAGAAGUUCCCAACUACAAGCUCAUCACACCCGCUGUUGUGUCGGAGAGGCUGAAGAUCCGUGGCUCCCUGGCGAGGAACGCUCUGCAGGAAUUGCUCGCUAAAGGUAUGAUCAAGCUGGUGUCCAAGCACAGAGCUCAGCUCAUCUACACACGCAACACCAAGGGUGGGGAUGAGGAGGUACCAGCAGAGAAAGCAUAA